CUAGCCUGGGUGUAAGAUAUGAUUUUUCACUCUGCACAGUCCAGCCUAGGUUCUCGUUUAUGGGCAAGAGUCGGGACACGGAUGCUUCCUGCUCCAGGAUGACUUACUGUCACCCUCUGUUAUGCUACAGGCCUUCCACCUGCAUUCACCCAUCCCUCCCUCCUCACUUCCUUCCUCCCUCGCUUCCCUCUCUUUCCGUCCCUCCUUCUCCCCCCCCCCCCCCCCCCAGGAAACAAAUGGCUACUAGAGCCAUCUCAGUUUGAAAAAAGAAAAACAGAUGUUUGUGGAUUGGGGAGGGAACUAUAUUGUCUUAUUUAUACAUAAAGAUACACCAGGAUAUGGAAUUAAGGGAGAAAACAUCAGAUGAAGAAAUUGAGAUACAGAAAUUAUAUGAAAUUAAGUGGUAAAACCCAUUACAAAGUUGAACAGUCACUCAUAACUACUACACUACACUGGCCUUUCAAUAAGUUCUAAAAGAUGAGUUGUGGAUAUUCAGAAAACAACAAUUUUGUGAACAAUAAUAACCAAAUGGUAUUGGACAUGAUCCUUUACCCAUUAAUUGGAAUUCCUCAGACCAUCAACUGGGAAACUGUAGCAAGGCUUGUGCCUGGAUUAACACCUAAAGAGUGUGCAAAAAGGUUUGAUGAGCUGAAGAGUAGUGGAAGUUCACCUGUUGACAACCAGUAUAAUAGCUUAAUGGCUGUUGGAGAGAGUCCUGUUGAAACUUUGGCCACAUAUAUCAAAUCCUCACUUCUUGACACACAAGAUUUCCAAGAAACUCUAGCUGGUCAGGAUGCAGUUUCAAAAUCAGGAAGACAUAGUAUAGCUUCCACAAGGAAUUGUUCUUCCGAAAGUGAACAUUGCACUUCCCGAAAUGGCGGAGAAAGGACUGAAGAAUCUGAAGGGCCAAACAUGGUGAUCCAUGUGUGUGAUGAAGCCAAAAACUUGAAAGAAGAUUUUAUUUGCCCACGAGAUCUUUUGAUAUCAGAAAUGAAGUACUUUGAUGAAUAUUUUUCUAUGGAUGCCCAGCGCUGGGACGAGGUGGACAUUUCAGUUCAUUGUGACGUUCACAUUUUCAACUGGCUGAUUAAUUAUGUUAAAAGGAAUACUAAGGAAAGUAAAGAUUGUCAGACACCCACUUUAGAGCCGGGAAAUGUCAUUUCCAUUCUUAUUUCUUCAGAGUUCUUGAAGAUGGAUUCCUUAGUUGAACAAUGUAUUCAAUAUUGCUACAAAAAUAUGAAUGCCAUAGUGGCUACCCCAUGCAACAUGAACUGCAUUAAUGCAAAUCUUCUUGCACGCAUAGCUGACCUGUUCACACACAAUGAAGUUGAUGAUUUAAAAGACAAAAAAGAUAAAUUUAGGAGUAAACUUUUUUGCAAGAAGAUUGAGAGGCUAUUUGAUCCUGAGUACUUCAAUCCAGAUUCUCGAAAUAAUGCAGCAACUUUAUACAGAUGCUAUUUGUGUAAGAAACUUUUAACAAAAGAAACAGAAAGAAGAAUUCCUUGCAUUCCUGGAAAAAUCAAUGUGGAUCAACAUGGAAAUAUUAUCUACAUUCAUAUAAGAGAUAAAACCUGGGAUGUGCAUGAGUAUUUGAACAGUCUUUUUGAAGAAUUAAAAUCUUGGAGAGAUGUAUAUUGGCGCUUGUGGGGAACGAUCAACUGGCUGACUUGUUCAAGAUGUUACCGGGCUUUUCUCUGUAUUGAAUUCUCACAUUGUCAGUACCACUCAGAAAUGGUAGUUUAUCCUACCACAGCAAGUUCAGCAAAUACUGUGGGCACUGGAAUUUAUCCCUGCUGUAACCAGAAGGUUCUUCGGUUUGAUCCCACCCAGCUCACAAAGGGCUGUAGAGUGAGGGACCACCUGGUUGUUCUUCAUGAUCAAGGUGAAAGUGGGAACUUGCUGUCUUGUCCAACGACUAGAAUACUGGAAGAUCUGCAUAAGCACAAAGAUGUCAUCACUGUGCCUUUUUCUAAAGAUACAGUUAGUGAUCCUAGGGCUGGCUCCUGGGAAGAAAAAGGCCUAGGAUGUGAUGUUUUGUUGGAGCCAAAUACACCAUGGGGUCCCAAAGCUGGGGAGCUUAAUGCUUUCUUAUCAUUGAAAAACUGGACUCUGCAGCUGAAACAACAGUCAUUAUUUUCAGAAGAAGAAGAGUAUACCACUGGAUCUGAGGUCACUGAAGAUGAAGUUGGUGAUGAAGAAGAAGUGUCCAAGAAACAAAGGAAAAAGGAGAAGCCAAAGAAGUUCACUAAACAACCAAAAAAGCAGAUGUCUUCCCCCUGUACUCAAAAGAAAGAAAAGGCAAUGGAGAAGUCAACUUCUAGAGAUGUGUCUCCUUUCAUUGUAAGUAUGCAGAAGAAUAAAUGGGAUACCACAAGAUCUUUGAGAUUUAAUCAGGAUGCACAAAGAGAAGAUGAUCAGCGGAGGAUGUCUGAAAUUACAGGGCAUCUAAUAAAAAUGAGAUUGGGUGAUCUGGACCGAGUCAAGUCAAAGGAAGCAAAAGAAUUUGCUGGAGGUAUUUAUUCCAGGCUGGAAGCUCAGAUCAAAGCCUCAGUACCAGUCAGUGCACGGCAAAACAGCUCAGACAAAAACAUGAGGUCUAAAAGUCGUUUUGGUCAAGGGCGUCCUGCAUAAAGCACUUUAAAAUUUAAAAAGAGGGAUGACACAUCUUGGACAUCAGAAAUCGGCCACUUCUUGAAGAUCUUCAGAACAAUGACUUCUGUGUGUUUUAUUACUCUUAUAAGCCACAUAAAUCAUAGUGUUAAGAGAAAAAUAUAACUAGGUUUUGUUAAAACCUAAUUGUAAGUUGGGCAUGGUAGUACACGCCUUUAAUCCCAGCACUCGGGAGGCAAAGGUAGGAGGAUCACCAUGAGUUCAAGGCCACCCUGACACUACAUAGUGAAUUCCAAGUGAGCCUAGGCUAG